UUACUAAUUGCUGGUUUUGGUGGCAGGCCGAGGGCCCAGUUGUGUUGUCCUUCACGCCGGGAGGGAGGGUUCCGUGCCCGGCCUGGCAAUUUUCGUUCCUGACCUCUGAGGAUGGCGGAGUGUGUUCAGGCCUUCCAGUCUCAGCUGUUGGUUGCGUUCCUUCUACUACAUGCGAUAGUGAAAAUCGAAACAGCCGAUGUAAGCUGUGAAACCAGUCCUCACCAUUGCUCGUCAAACAGCCGGUGUUUGGCGAAAACUGAUGGUCUCACCUGCAAGUGUGAACAUGGUUUCUCUGGACCAACAUGCACAAGUUGGCAUGGCAACUCUGACCAAUGCCAGGGUAACGAGUACAUUGUGGUGUUGCCGGACUACUCGGUGUACGCCGAGAAGAGAACGGCGGUGCAGGCAACAGUGGAAUGCUCCGCUUACGGACUCUACUUGCCGCCGAGCAAAAGUGUGUGUCUCCUCUCCGCACUUGCUGUCUUCGCUCGAAAAGGCAAUCAUGAAAGUUUCUUCAUGAACAAUGGCAGGACUCUGGUUGACUAUCAAGGUGAAACCAGCAUACCUGGUCCACUAGACAAAGGACGGUUUGUCUGUUCUGCUGACGUCUCCAGAAAAAAAAUUGUCUCUGCCACCUGCAAUGCUGUGUUGUACUAUGUUCCCAGAAUGGCCUCUUCAACUUUGCCAUCUGCCACACAAUGGACCACUGCUGAUACAGCUUGCCAAGGUGGUCUUGUUGUGGCUUCCGAGUUGUCACCGUGUGGUAUUUCGUUUGCGAAAAAAGUGAACACUUUGUUUGGAGUGGAUGCAUCUGAGAUCUGGUCAUCUCAGCGGGAUGUGUCCAUCAAUCUCACAUCUCCUGCUGGACAGACACCAACUACACAAAGCUACACUGCAUCUGACGUUACUUUCCUACCACUGUGUGAAGAAGCUUGGUGUAAACAACCCACACUUCUAAAUGGGCAGGCAACAGUCACUUCUCGGAUAGCACAAUUCAAGUGCAACACUGGGUUUAGAUUGGUUGGCUUGCCAUUUUCGGUGUGUGCCAAUCAGACAUGGAUGUUCAAGAGAGCAUGUAUCCGUGAGUAG